AUGCGCCGUUCUCUCUCCCAUCGAUUCCGCGGGAUCAAGGGAGCUGGAACAUCGACUUUGAAGAAGAUACUACACUCGCACCCAGAGAUCUCAUCGGAUCAACCCAACGAUGAGUGUGUCGAUCCAAAUGGGCUCGCAGAUAGCCCCCACGUCAACGAGAUUAUGCUCAGUGCUCAGCCUGAUACAUCGGAAAAUGUGCCAACGGACUUUUGGGACCGCGCGGAGCAAACCCUGCGAGAUAGCUCUGAUUCUCAGACAAGAAAGGUCAUGGAGACGUAUUUGGCGAUCCUAGAGUCUGAGCUGGGAGCUACGAUCGCGGUGGUAGCCUCUGAUCGUCAGAAGCAAUUGUCGGAGUUCACCAGGAACAGGAUUAAUGAUCUGGACGAUAAGAAAUGGAAAAUUCAGUUUCGCAAGAAUCAUGUCUCCGUUGAGAGUAUAUUUGCUGGAAUUGUGAAGAAUAUCCUCGCUGUGAAAGAGAUCGUUUCAACGGCGGCAUCUGCAGAUCCGCAUGCUGCGCUGGCUUGUGCUGGAGUCACUCUCAUAUUAUCAUUGCUUAUUCGGUCAAUCAAUGAACACAAGUUCCUGCUGGCGGGCUUUGAAUAUACGUCAAAACUUAUCUGCCAGUUCAAUGUGAUUGAAAAGAUCUACAUGUCGCGCAAAGAUGUGGUUCUCGGCAAAGUGGAGGAUGCUGUUCGAUUUGGGAUCGAGUUCGAAGCCAGCAUGUUGGACCUCUAUUCAGGGGUCUUGGAAUUCCAGGCUCGGACGCUUUGUCACCUUCGGAGACAUUCUAUUGCGCAGACAUUCAAAGAGACGUUUGAGGUUAACAGUUGGAAGGAAAGGUUGGAUUCUAUCAAGGAAUCAGAAACGCUUUGCAGGAACUUCACCUCAAUUAUUGACUCGGCAAAAUUGCACAGUGGCAUGGAAAAGCAAGAGCAGCAUCUUUUGGAGGUACGCAGAGAUACCAGUGAUAUUCUCAGAAGCCUGGGAAUGCAAGGCCCUCAAGCUGCUGCCGCACGAAAUGAUUUUCUCAAAGCGCUCUACACUUCUCGAUAUGAGGACCAUAAAGACAGAAACCAAGAGGCCGCUCACGGCACUUGUCAAUGGUUUGUUGAUCAUCCUCUGUUUCAAAGAUGGAGGGAUAGUUCAUCGUCUUGCUUCCUCUGGGUUUCGGCGGACCCUGGCUGUGGAAAAUCGGUGCUGGCAAGAAGACUAAUCGACCACGCUAUCCCGAAGUCUAAAAUGCGACAUAUUUGCUACUUCUUUUUCAAAGACGAUCAAGUGGAGCAAAAGAGCGCCUUGAACGCUUUGUCUGCCAUGCUACGCCAAUUAUUUCUGCAAAAUGACAAACUUGUAACCAAAAGCAUGCUGGAAGAUUUUGAGAGAGACCCGGGUUGGCUGACUAAAUCCUUUUCCAGCUUAUGGGAAUUGCUACUUAAGGUGACGAACGACUCCGAUGCUGGGGAGAUUGUCUGUGUUCUAGACGCUCUAGACGAGUGUGCAGAGGCUGAACGGUCUCAACUUACCCAAGCUUUGAACAAAUUCUACCGCAUGGAACACAGCAAAUCACGCUUGAAAUUCCUUGUGACAAGUCGACCAUACGCACAUAUACAGCGCGAUUUCCAGCCUUUGAAGAACCGUGCUCCGGAAAUUCACCUGAGUGGCGAAGACGAUAUAGAGACCGAGAAGAUCUCUCGCGAAAUUAACCUGGUCAUUCACACUCGUGUUGAAGAAAUGGGAGACCGUCUACAGCUUGACCAUGACGAACGAGCGUUUCUUCGCAAUCAGCUUCUGCUCAUUCCUCAUCGGACAUAUCUCUGGGUUACUUUAAUCUUUGAUGUGAUUGAAAAUAGCAUCAGCUAUACGAAUGCAAAAGUGCAAGAGAUCAUUCGCACCCUCCCCGGGACAGUCGACGAAGCGUAUGAGAGAAUCCUGAAUCAAAGCCCCGAUCAAACGAAGGCCCGAAGACUUCUCCAUAUUGUUGUGUCCGCUAUCAGACCCCUGACUCUCAAAGAAAUGAGAAUCGCUCUUGCCAUACGUCCAUCUGAUCGUACGCACGAGGAUCUCGAUCUCGAAUCGGAGACAAGGUUUCCCGCUGUAGUGAGAAACUUAUGCGGGCUUUUUGUGACCAUCAUUGAUUCGAAGAUAUAUUUGCUGCAUCAAACCGCGAAGGACUUUUUGGUCUACAGGGCUGGAGACCCCUCAGCGCCACUUGCAGAGCGACGGCGCUCAGCAAAGAGCGAUCGUCGACCGCAAAAUGAGAUGACUCCCCAUUGGAAGCAUUCCUUGAUUCCAACCGAGUCCAAUAAUAUCAUGACCGAUAUAUGCAUCACAUAUCUUUUGUUCGAGAACUUUGAGUCAAGCCCACCGCAGGAUCUCGAGACAUUGGCUCGAGGACGUGUUUUCUUGGAAUAUGCGGCCAAGAACUGGGCCGAGCACUAUCGCAACGCGGCCGCUGUAAAGCAGUUGGCUACCUUGGAGUCAGUAGUUGAAAUCUGCAGACUGGGUUCCAAGCGGUUUGAUUUGUGGUUUUCCAUAUACCGAAGAGGCCCAAAUGACACCACGCGAGACGACCAAGAAAGUGUAGAAUAUGACCAUUCUGAAACCAGGCACUGGACUGAUUCUGACUUCUCCGACCUAUUAUUGGCAUCACAUUUUGGCUUGGACUUGAGGGUCAACGCACUACUAGAUACCGCUGACCAAGACCUGGACUACAAGGGGUCGUGGUUUGACGAAUCAGCUUUGACCGUGGCAGCAAAAAAUGGCCAUGAAGCAAUUGUGAAAAGGCUGCUAAAUGCAGGAGCAGGAGGUAAAGAAUAUGACGUUGAGUAUGGGUCAUACAAGCCACUGGAGGAGGCUGCAGCAAAUGGGCAUCUCCAAAUCGUGAAAGUUCUCUUCGACUGGGAACCCGAGUCAAUAUAUUCAAGGGGCAAUUCAAAAUCCACUGCAUUCUGGCAGGCAGCAAAAAAUGGCCACGAGGAAGUUGUCAGACUUCUUUUAGCAGCCGGUGCUGAUGUGAAGGGCGCGAAUGAUGUAUCCGAGGAUAAAUCACCGCUAUUAGCAGCUGCAGAGCAUGGUCAUCUGGAGAUUGUGAGCCUCCUGCUCAAGCAAACAGGCAUUGACCCAACUUGGCGAAGUGCAACAGGCAGCACAUCACUUUCCUUGGCUGCAUCAGGCGGUCAUCACACGCUAGUCAAACUUCUUCUAUGCGUCGAGGGAGUUGACCCGAAUUGUCGCAACAAGGAAGGCCACUCGCCUCUGUCCUUGGCUGCAGUGGGAGGCCACAUAGAAGUGAUCAAACUUUUAAUCGCGACAAAUGCGGUCCAACAUGAUACAAAAGACUCAGUCAAGUACCGAACCCCACUGCUUUGGUCUCUCGCAGGGGGCCAUGGAUCAAUUUCCAAAUUGCUUCUUGAACACGGAGCCCAGGACGUGGAAUGCCGUGAUAUUAGUUCCGCUUGCCGUACCGCGCUGUCCAUUGCCGCGGGACAAGGCAACGAGACCUUGGUCGAUCUUCUCCUGGAAGCAAAUGCGAACCCGAAUUCCAAGUCCACGCACAGCCGCACGCCGCUUUCUUAUGCCUGUGAGACUGGGACCGUGGGAAUUGCUCAACGGCUCUUGGAUACAAAAGGUGUGGGGCCUGACUUGGCCGACACCGCGUACAGCCGAACACCUCUAUCAUGGGCGGCGGGAGCAGGUCAAUCUGAUAUUGUUCGGUUGCUGUUGCGCUUACCUGGAGUUGAUGUGAUCUCUCGUGAUUCUAUGUACGGACGCACCCCACGCGCAUGGGCACUGGCGCAAAAGCAUGGAGAAAUCGCACAUAUGAUUCGAGAGGAAGAGAUAAGAAGAACAGGUGAUACUUUGGAGCAAAUGGUGGUUCCUGAGCACGGUGACGAUCAUGACGGUUCAAAGUCCACGUCUACGACCUCGUGGACUGUGCCGGCUUUGGUGGUGAAUGAUGUUGAUACCGAAUAG